UGGGCCCGUGCCCGAGCCCAGGGGAAAUCGCUGGGCCGCGGGUUACAACAGCGCGGAUCGUGUUAGAGCCCCCGGCCACAGCCGAGUGGCGAGAAGUUUGGCUGCAGAUUUAAGGGAAACUCACGGGAGAGGUUUGCAUAGGAUUCUCCCCCUGAAAUUCAGGGAAGAAGGGCCGUCUGAGUGCUGUGUCAGCUCAGCCCCACGCAUUUCCUGGCAAGUGCAUACAGGUGUUCACCCUGAUGCUGUGUUUGCUUUUUCUAAGUGAAGGCCACUCCAGCAUGACCGCACGGGGAGCCUGCCUAAAACCAUGCUGCCAUUCCCACCUGUGAGCCUCGUACGAAGAAAAAUGAGCUUGUAUCCCUUUUGGGUUUGGCCAUUUAAAGUUUUGGCAACUGACACUAUAACUGGAAAGGCAUUAGAGGCAGAUGUACACAAUGCAGUUCCUACUGAAAAGGUGGAUGGAACCUGCUGUUAUGUAACUACAUAUAAAGGACAGCCCUACCUAUGGGCCAGGUUGGAUCGAAAACCCACCAAACAAGGUGAAAAAAGGUUUAAACGAUUCUUAUAUUCAUUGGAAGAUUGCAAAGAAUUUGUUUGGAAUAUUGAAGAGGAUUUCAAGCCUGUUCCAGAUACCUGGAUUCCAGCAAAGGACAUAGAGUUCUCUAAUGGCAAUCCUUUGCCUGAUGAAAAUGGACAUAUGCCAGGUACCUAUGAUGCAGCACAGGUAAAACUGGGGAAAGGUUGGGUGCCUGUGGAGAAACACAGUAAGCAGUACUGCUGGCACUCAUCUGUUGUAAAUUAUGAGGCUGGAAUAGCGCUGGUAUUGAAACACCAUGCUGACCCGGGGCUUCUGGAAAUCAGUCCCGUGCCAUUAUCAGAAAUCUUAGAACAAACAUUGGAGCUUAUUGGGACUAAUAUCAAUGCAAAUCCAUAUGGAUUAGGAAGCAAGAAGCACCCUGUACAUCUUCUAGUACCACAUGGAGCAUUUGAAAUAAAGAAUCCACCUGCUUUGAAGCAAAACGACAUACUGUCUUGGUUUGAAAGCUGCACUGAGGGUAAAGUUGAAGGAAUUGUGUGGCACUGCCAUGAUGGGUGUUUAAUCAAGCUCCAUCGCCAUCAUCUUGGUUUACCUUGGCCACUUGCAGAGACAUACCUGAAUUCUCAGCCUGUUGUAAUUUCUUUUAAUAGAACGAAAUAUGACUGUGACUUUGAACCAAAGAGUUUGUUUCACCAUUUUUCAAAGUUGGAUGGACAAAGAUUUGACAGACUCAAAGAUAUCAAGUUUGAUGCUUGAAACGAUUGUUUUAAGUUAAUGUAUGUGCUGCAUUCCUCUUACUUUUCUGUACCACAGAAUUCUUCAUGAAUACUCUUCUAGCUUAGGCAACAGCCCAGGUACUGUAUCAUUUUAAUUUUAUUCUAAAUGACUAAUUUUAAAUAACAGAAAUCUGCCAGCCAGAGCAGAGAUCUAGCUUCCAGCAUGUUUAUUUUCUGAAAAAUCCUUAACUUUUGAACCCACUCCUGGAAACGGCUAGCAUUUAGUGUAGGAAGUGUGUUGUCUACUGGCUGGUCUUAAAAGCUUUACUAAUGAAUGCAAUCAACUGGAAAAGUUACAUAGGUUGCGCUUCUACAGAUGUAAUUAUUAUAUGUACACUAUUAUAUGUAGGUUUGAGAUUUAGCAUCAAGUUUCUUAACAGUAAAAGGACAUAUUUCACGUGGGACCAGAAUUAGUCCUAAAAUUUGACAAUUUUUUUUACAGUUGUAACAGUUUCUUAUGGGGAAAACUUCCUGGUAUCAUUUAACUGUUCAUCUGCAGCAUUAUGCUAUUAUUUAAAAACCCAAUUAACCUAUAUCCUACAGGGAUUGCACUAUUUUGGGAAAAAAGAGUAAAUAAUAGAAAAUAAAUGAGUUUUAUUUUGGAGAACCUAGUAAGUGGAGAGAGAGACAUGACUUGGCUUAAUUCCCAUUUACAACUGCAUCUCAAUUAGGAAACUUUGUCAAGGGCAUACUAAGAUAAGGUAUACAAAUAAUAAAGUGAGACUGAAUGAUCA